GUUCAUUGCUAGGCCUAUAGAGCUUUUCCCAGCAUUGCAGCAAUUUGGGAUUCGCGCACAACAGGGCACAAGUAAUUGGCCUGCCUAGUUAAAUUUAUGUGUCCUUGCCACAACAGUUUUUGCUCAGCACACGACGUGGGAAGCGAAGAGGAGACCGAUAAUGUCCAUGAGGUGCAUCCGUGUAACCGCUCCAAAGGAGCCCUUGGUCUACCUUGAAGAUGAGAAGAUCCCCAAAGCUCCCGAUGGCGGGGCUGUAGUCAAGGUUUCCCACUGUGGUGUGUGCCACACUGAUGUACAAUUCUGGGAAGGAGGUUACUCCCUGGGCGAUGGCACAGAAUUGAAGUUUCAGGACCGUCCAGGCUUCGUGUACCCAUGUAUCCCAGGACAUGAAAUAGCUGGCAUUCUGUACACUAUGGAUGAAAACACUAGCAAGAACAGCAACGAGAGUGAUUUGAAGUUAGGUGAUCGUGUGGUCAUCUGCCCCUGGAUCGAUUGCAACGCGUGCCGCCCCUGCAAAAUGGGAUACAACAUCUUCUGUGACGGAUCGCCACCCGUAUACAUUGGGAUGACGCAAGAUGGCGGCUUUGCACAGUAUGUCGCCGUACCGGACCUGCGGUAUUUGGUCCCCGUAUCGGAAUUCAUACCGCCCCCGAUAGCCAGUCUACUCCCGUGCAGCGGGUUGAACGCUUACCAUGCUGUCGAGGAAGCCAUGGAGUUCGUCAAGACGGUCACCGAGAUCAGAGGUGGUUGCUCUGUGCUGACGUUCGGGGCUGGCGGGGUUGGCCAGUGGGCAGUGCGUUUAGCCAGGGCCCUGUUCCCUCCAGAAACACAGAUCAUAUGUGCAGAAGUCAAGCAACAACCAUUAGAUUUAGUGACCAGUAACGUCAGUGAUGUCGUCCCGUUACUCAUGGCCCGAGGUGAGUCGAGCGAGAGCGUUGCCGAGCGCGUCAAGGCGGCGUCUCGUACCGGCACCGGGGUCGACCUCGUGUUGGAUUUCGUCGGGGCUACGCAGACGUUCCAAACCGCCAACAAGUUGCUGAGAAAGCGGGGCCGCUACCAUGUCGCGGGAUUGCUAGGCGGUCAGGCGCAGUUUCCGCUGGCCAACAUGGUGCUGAAAGGAAUCACCAUGAAGGGCAUCAAAGUGGGCAGUCUGAAUCAGCUCAGGCGACUCGUGCAACUCCUGGCCGAUAUGCCGUCCCUGUAUGCAAACCUUCAGUAUGAAGUUCAUCCACUUGAAGACGGCAUCAGCGUCUUCGAGAAACUGGCCAAGGGGGAGGUGGUCGGACGAGCCGUGUUGAGAUGCAACGGAGAUGAGUAGCAUUCUGAUCAGCCACAUGUAUUCAACUCAUUAAAUGCCGCUACAUCAUUCAAGUUGCUGUCUUGGAGCUCAACUUUUUAUCUUCAAUUUUUGCUUUUUGAUUUGUAAGCUAUAUUUUAGCGGGAAAAAAAACCACUUUUAUCUAUUUUGGGUGUCGGCAAUUUUGGCUUGUUUUGGCAACGGUUAAUCGCGAUUUUUUUAUUGCUAGGAUUUGGGUGGAUAUCUGUUGUGUUUUAUCUCAUCUUUGUUUUCCUUUUCCACGGUUUUUGAAUAGAAAUGAAUAUGCUAAAUUUAAAUUAAAUGGAGUUUAGAGUCAGCUGGGUGAAACAUAAAUUUGAAUUUUUUAUAUUAAUUAUUUUUAGUUGAGAUUAUUUGACUGGAAAAACUAUGGCGGAAGAGAUUCCGAGAUCUAGAUAAACAGUGUUGUUACAUUGUUCUCUUGGUCUUCAAUACUUUACAACCAGCAUUAAUUCCACAAUCGAGCACGAC